UUGCAAGUCGCAAUUAUUUUGCGAUCUGCCAGCAACAUUUUGUGGCACUAAUUUCGUUUGCUUUGCGAAAUAGUUUUUAAUAAAGUGCGAACAAUCUUCUAAUCGAGAGAAUGAGUUCAACUGUUGUAACACAACAGCGCCCCCUUGGCUUUAUUGGACUUCAUACCGAAUUUACGAAAGUUCUGCAAGAAGCGUUCCAAAAACAAGACGCCCAUAUUUUGCGCGCUUCCUAUGAAUCCUUCGGAGCCAAUACCGACCAUGAUAAAAAGUCGCCAAUGGACCAAGCGUUUCGUGAAAUGCUACUUUUCCGCUUAAGUGACGAGGUUGAAAAAGUGGGUGCUCUUGUGCGUCUUUCAGUUGAAGCAGUGCGUGCUGAAAUUGUGUCAGUUACCAUACCCGUUGUCUUGCUGGGGGACAUUUUUGAUGCGGUCACUUUAGAUAAAUGCGAACAAAUCUUUAGAUUCGUUGAAGAAAUGGUUGAAGUGUGGAAAGAGGACAUAUUUUUCUCGUCAUGCAAGAAUAACAUUCUCAGGAUGUGCAACGAUUUAUUGCGGCGUUUAUCGCGGGCACAGAAUACAGUUUUUUGUGGUCGUAUAUUGCUAUUUCUAUCUAAAUUCUUUCCUUUCUCUGAACGGUCUGGACUCAAUAUAGUUUCGGAAUUCAAUUUAGACAAUGUUACUGAAUAUGGUGUCGACGGCAAAGACCUGGAUGAUACUGUCGAAGACACCGUUGAAGAUAUUCCCAUCAAAAUUGAUUACAAUUUAUAUUGCAAAUUUUGGUCGCUUCAAGACUUUUUUCGCAAUCCCAAUCAGUGUUACAGCAAAGCUCAAUGGAAAAUGUUUCAAGCGCACGCUGGUACAGUGUUAGAGGCUUUUGAUAGCUUCAAGCUAGAAGAGCCACGUGUAAAUAGCGCAGGAGAAAAAACCGAAAAUGCUUUAACGGCUGCUGAUUAUUUGGAAAGCAUGAAAAUGGAUUUGGAUGUUUCUGAAUUUGCAGCAGAAGUGGAUAAUCCAAGUUGUAGUGAAGUAAAUAAUCAAAAUGUGCGCCAGUCCGAUCACUUCUUUGCCAAGUUUCUGACAAAUCCAAAGCUGCUGACCCUACAAUUAUCUGAUUCCAACUUUCGACGUUCAGUCUUAGUGCAGUUCCUGAUUCUGUUCCAAUAUCUUCAAUUGACUGUUAAAUUUAAGACUGAAUCAAAUACAUUGACCACCGCGCAAACAGAUUUUAUCAAGGAAACAGAAGCAAAAGUAUAUAAAUUGCUCGAAGAUACACCACCUAAUGGAAAGCGUUUUUCUCGCACCGUCCGACAUAUGUUAACUCGCGAGGAAAUGUGGAAUAACUGGAAAAAUGAUGGAUGUAAGGAGUUCCGCAAACCCGACGACGCUGAACCAGAGACUACCGCAAAUAAGGACGCUGGAAGUAGUGAUGUCAUAUCUACCAAACCACCAGCAGCCAAGCGUGCCAAGCGCACCCUAGGGGACAGUUUAAAAGAUGCACACCGCAAUAGCAAAUUCUUUCUGGGAAAUGAUGUCUUGACACGUCUCUGGAAUUAUUCGCCUGACAAUCUGCAGGCAUGCAAAAGCGAAGAGCGCAAUUUCUUACCGAAUGUCGAAACAUUCCUUGAAAAUCCGCAUGAAAAGAACGAUCCCUCAUUUGAAUGGCGCGCACUUCGGUUGCUAGCACGCCAGUCGCCACACUUUUUCACGUUCUUAAACUCGCCGUCAUACAAAAUAGCUGACUACUUGGAGGGCGUACGACGCCGUUUGGCCAAGGAUCGCUUAGACAACGCUAAGGCAGCUCUGAACGCCAACAACGUGACAUCAGUUGGUGGCAACUCAAACACAGAAUCUGUCAUUGCAGGCGAAUCAAAUAGCGAACAGGGGUCUAAUCCUCAAGAAGCAGAGGGAGAAACAGAUGUUGUUGGUGUUGGUGACGGUGACAAUGACGGCGACGGUGAGGGCGAUGGCGAUGCAAUGCUAACCGAAGAAGAUGUUCAAGGUGACUUGGACAAAGGCGAUGAUGAUCGGAACGCACACACCAAACCGGUGACGGCCACCAGAGAACAAAUAGAAGAAAUCGCACCACUCAUUGGUGACGACUGGAAGAAAUUGGGCAAAAAAUUGGGCUACACUGUUGAUGAGCUACUCUACUUUGAGACGGAGCAUCCAGAUCGCGAUGGUGGCUGCAUCGCAAUGCUGAGUAAUUGGUUUGCCGAUGACGAUGAUGCCAGUCUUGAUAAUUGGGCCUAUAUGCUUGAAGGUUUGGAAAUAAAUGCCGCUGCAAAGGCGGUGAAAGCGCUGAUUGACCGACUUACACCGAAAGACGACAAAGUGGAGGUGCUGUCAGAUUAGUGCGAAAGCUAUUUAACAUUAGGUAUAGUUGUAAACUGAAAACGAAGAUCACUUCAGUAUUCAGUUUUGAUUUAGUUUAUGUUUUAAUAAUAUUUCAAAAGUCAAGUUUACAAUAAUAAUUUAUCACAUGUACAGGGUGUGAAUAUGCA